AUGCGCUUGCCAGGUGGCGACCCAGAGGAUGGGAUACCAGAAGGUCCGGAUGACAUUGCGGAUCCGCACGUGCCCCGCAAGCUCCUUGAUGAGCACAUUCUGCGAGAGAAGUCUGUCCGGAGUUUCAGCCCAUAUGGGCUCCGGGUCCUUGGCCGAAGGCUCUUUGUCUGCAACUCCGAUGAGGAUGAUCAGCUUCAGGAAGAGGGCAAGUGCGGCGUGGUGGGCACGCGCUUUCAGAUCCCAGGGAUCAGCCUGCGCCUGGAGUCUGACAAGACCAUCCUCCCAGUCCACCGGUACGACGACGUGAAGAUGGUCUGGACGGCAGAGCAGGCUCCCCACGUGAUGGUCGAGAACUACAAACUCCCAAAGGGCAAAGACGGAAAGCUGGACUUUGAUAUGCUUCCCGUGAUGCCUUUCAAGAUGACGCGCUUCAGCCCUGGAGAGGCCCCGGAGCCCAUCGAGAGCUCGGCCGGGGCAUUGGCAGUUUCGAUGGCCAUCCCACGGCCUCUGGUGCGACUUGCACGGGCUCGGCGUGAAGACUUCCUGGUGGCAGCUAAGCAGCCCAAGGCCCGCAACCAGGCCCUUCUGCGGGAUUGUAGCAAUUUGCAAUUGCAGCUUGCGGCACGUCCCCCGCAGCGCAGGGCACCACGGAGGGCCAACGAUCCGCGAUCCCGGGCAAGAUGGGUCUUGCCCUCGCUUGUCUCGGCUUGCAGCUGCCAGCGCCUGGCGCGGCUGUCACGGAAGGCUUUCGGCCUACCAGUUGAAGAGGUGCUGGCAGAUGUGCUAACGGCCUUGAGGGAGGAGCCACAUGCUGCUGUGCUUGUGGCACCGCCCGGGGCGGGCAAAACCACAGCCGUGCCGCUGGCCCUCAUGGACGAUCUAGCAGAUUGCGGUCCUUCAGGUCGGAUUGUGGUGACGGAGCCCCGGCGUGUGGCUGCGCGUGCCGCUGCGAGGCGCAUGGCGGCGCUUCGGGAAGAGCCGGUUGGGCGGUCGAUCGGCUUCCGCACGCGGUAUGACAGCUGUGUGGACCCCUCCAGGAUGCGGGUAGAAGUCGUGACGGACGGAGUGCUUGCCCGGCGACUGCAGGCUGCCUGCAGCUGGAUCUGCAUUCUCCUGCCAGUUUCGCUCUCACUGCGGCCGUUACAGCCGCCUGAGAUUUGCACCCGCACCGAAGUUCCGGAAUUUUACGAACAGAUCUACCGAAACUUGGAACCAUAUAAAGUUUUGGAUGAACAACACUUGGCAUUCUACGAUGGAUUCUGCGCAAGGCGGCAGAAGGCAUGCAUUCGGCUGAGAAUCGUCAACGGUGCAGCCUAUGUUCUCGACAUGUUCCCCGGAUACCAAAGUCGUCAUCGCAGCACGCUGCACGCGAUCUAUCGGGUGAUUUCAAGAUUUGGCAACCUUCCGGAUGUCGAGGUAACGAUUGAUCUUACAGAUGGUGAGCUUCAGAAUAUCGAUCUCCCGUUUUUUGUCAUCACACACAAGAAGGAAGCCCCUGUUGGUGUACUGUACCCCGACUUCACAUUCUAUUCCUGGCCAGAGAGCAUGUGCCCUUCCUCUGAGAACGAGAUUUCUCACAACUACGACCAGCUCUUUCGCGAGUUCCGUCAGCACUGGGGGGACCAAGGCGCUCGCUCUGUGGCACUGGAGCAGAUCCAAGCUGUCGAAAACUCCGAUGCGAAGUUCAUAUCUUGGAAAGCCGUGUCCUCCACCGGCCAGAAUGAGGUGCAGGGCUGCGUGGGCUUGCUGGAGCAGUGCAAGCACCGGUAUCUCGCCUUUCUAGCCGGCACCACGUACUCCUCACGCAUCAAGUAUCAGCUGCUUUGUGGUUCCCUGGUCUUAGCCCAAGAGCCUCGCUUCCUGGAGUGGUGGAGCCGGCUUUUGGCUCCUGGAGUUCAUUAUGUGCCGGUGGAGAAGAGCUGGGCCAACGUGCAGCCACUGAUGCAGCUUCUGCGGCAAAACCCCGUCCAGGCCGCGAGGAUCGCACGUCAAGGGCAGCGGCUUGCGAUGGCGGCGCUGUCCCCAACGUCCGUUGAUUGCUACUGGUGGAUGCUGCUGGCUUCAAGCGCCCGAGUGCUACCUCCAGCCUCCGGACCCUUGAGCUUGAAGGCCCGGCCACUCGAGGACGUCUUACUUCUGCCCGACGAUGCCACGCUCUCUUCCCUGCCUGACCGGGGCUUGUCGGUGGUCGGUGGUAGCCUAGCAGGAGCUGCGGCGACCACUGGUGGCCGUCGGCUGGACAUCGUGAACCGAUGUAGCCGCCCCAUGGUCAUCGCUCCUACUGGAGGCAAUUCUGAAAUCCCGUGUGGCAGCAGCUGCCCUGGUGGCAUGACUUGCAAUCCGAAGACGGCACAAUGCUACUUCGAUCUCCAUCAGCCAGGAGAGGACUGGACGAUAGCUCCUGGCGAGACACUGGUCAUGCACACACCUAACGAGGCGGUUCAGCAAGGCAACGGGAUCUUUGCCGAGUGGAGUGGGAAGAUCGAGUUCUACCCGAACCAUACUCAGGAUGGCGGAUUGAUCCCAUCUGCCUUCUGCAACGACAAAGACUUCUGUCCGUCCUAUCAGGGGCUCAACGGCGUGGCUACCGCCAUCGAGUUUACUUUUGUCCCAUUCGGCCCAGAUUACUACGAUGUCUCCAUCAUCAACGGCUUCAACAUUGGAAUUGAAAUGAAGCCGAAUUCCGCCUUCACGCAGACGACGGAGGAAGCCGCUGGCAGCUACGAGGGCUACAACUGUGGCAGUGCUGGUGCCUUCCAUCAGCCGGACCCGCGCCUGAGCUCAUGCUCUUGGAGCUUCCAACCUUCGACUCCCGGGCAAGAUCUGGGCCCUCUUCUUCGGCAAGUGGAUGGGAGCGGUGGCAGCUGCUCUUCGGAUGAGGACUGCCCCAGCGGUCUGGUCUGCGGGCAAGUGGGUGUCCGUGUUCUCAACCCCACGACGAAGCAGUACCAGCCGACAGAAGAGAUCCGGAUGGAGUGUGGCCAUCAGAUUGGUUUGUGGUCUGCCUAUCAACUCUGCGUCUGGAGUGGAAACACGUACGUCAGCCCAGCGCCUUUUGAGGGCUGGAUUGAUUGUCCGUCCCAUCACUUGAUGUUCGCUUGUGCUGGGCACGAGCCAUGGAUCACCACCUGCUACUCUGAGGGGUCGCACGACGAUGGCUGUUGCGGCUGUGCGAAUUGGGCCGAGAUUCUAGACACACCCGUGCCGAAAGCACAUGGCUGCCGGGGCACCAGUACCGUCUGGCAGGAGCACGCACUCCCAUAUUAUGAGAUUCUCAAACGCGGCUGCCCCACGGCAUACACGUUUGCGUACGACGAUGAGUCCUCGACCUUCACUUGCCAGAAUGCAGACAGUCGACAGAACGAAUCUCUUGCUGCUUGCGGCACGUACGCGGAAGAAGAGGCUUGUCCGCGACGUUUCUGCGAUUGGUACGGCGAGGCGGUUGGAUGCCAGCCUAAGGCCAAUGAUGCAGGAUACAUCAUUACGCUCUGUCCUGAAGCACCGGAGCAUUCGUGGACAGCUUCGGAGCUUUCUGCAGAGACUGCAAUGGGGCAUUCCACCAUCACCACAAGCACAAAAACCACCACCACAACGGCGUGGUCGUGCCAAACUGGAGAUGUCGUCCCCUGUUGUGCGGAUCGACAAUGCCCUGAGACCUGCGCCGGCAAUCAGUGCUGUCCAGACGGGACGGCCUGCCCGUCCGCCAGUGACAACUUUACACUCUGUCCGGCUCCCAGGCUCUACACUUGUCCCCCGGAAACCACGGCUCCCACCACAUCUGCCCAAGACGGCUCUGCAGAUGAUGUGAGGCAGGCGUCCCUGCACGCCGGCGCAAGGAGCGAGGUGGAGCCGGAGGCAUCAGGCAGAGUUCUGGCGGGCGACAUCACUGUGGAGCUCACCUCUGGCAACCUGAGUCUUGUGGUGACCAUCCCGGAAGUCUGGCACUUGCUGCAAGCUUCACUGCAGUCCGCCAGCAGUCGCUUAGGCAUCCCUCCGCAGAACGUCCGCCUCAGGGCAGAUCGAGGCAGCUCCAACUUCCACUACCAGAUCCAACUCCCGGCUGACUUCGUGAAGAGCGAGGCGGAUAUCAGUCAAAGGCAGCUCUUUCCGCAAAUCCAGUGCUGUUUCUGUUUCAUGGUCCUGAUGGUAUGGAUGAUGAGGAUGCUGGUGAUUCUGGUGAGGAUCAUGAAAAUGACGGUGAGGGCUUGCACAAUGACGACGUAG